AUGGGUAGGGAGCAGCUUGUUGGCGUCGGGGGCACGCCUACUCAAAACAAGGUACUAAAAGUGUCGAAGGUGAGUGUGAGCGGGGAGGAACGACGGCAGGCGUGCACAUCAUGCAGCGGCAGCGAAAGGGGGUAG